GUGCUCAUAACCUGAACGUAGUGCCUUUCUGGCAGCCAUGUUUUGUCAGAGUGCACAUUGACGUCCGCACGAUCCACAGCUUUUUGGUAUCAGAUUGCCAGAAGGGGAGCUGGUUACCUGUAUUUCACCUCUGAGCAUGAAGGUGCGCGUGCAGUUGUGCUCAGGAAGCAUUACCUUGCGCUGGAGAUAAGGCCAAUCGAGCUUCUUUUUCAUAGUAUAAGACGUGAGUACAGGUGCGAGCCAGCCAAGUGGCUUCCAAAAUACAGGGAGCGUGGAGGAACUAGUCGAGUGUUUUGAUUCAGGAGCAAACCAUGGCAAAAGACGCGGGCACAGAGUCAGGGGUCCCUUCCAAGGACUACUCUGAUCCACCUCCGGCGCCUCUCAUUGACGCCGCCGAGUUCGGCCGAUGGUCCUUCUACAGAGCCAUCAUCGCCGAGUUCGUCGCCACUUUGCUGUUCCUGUACAUCACCAUUUCAACCGUGAUCGGUGCCAGCCGAAAUGCAGGCUGUGCGGGAGUCGGACUAUUGGGCAUCGCCUGGGCGUUUGGAGGCAUGAUUUUCGUGUUGGUGUACUGCACCGCUGGUGUCUCAGGAGGGCAUAUCAACCCAGCAGUCACGUUCGGUUUGCUCAUGGCACGAAAAAUUUCGCUACCUCGUGCUCUUACAUACAUGAUAGCUCAGUGCCUGGGAGCAAUCUGCGGUGCAGGCCUUGCGAAGGGGUUCCAGACUGCUUUCUACAUGAGAUAUGGAGGAGGAGCAAACUCUGUGGCUCUGGGGUACAGUACAGGCACUGGUCUGGCCGCUGAGAUCAUCGGCACUUUCGUUCUGGUAUACACCGUGUUCUCUGCCACCGACCCCAAGCGCAAUGCCCGUGACAGUCAUGUGCCGGUGUUAGCUCCUCUUCCCAUAGGAUUUGCAGUCUUCAUGGUUCAUUUGGCAACUAUCCCCAUCACAGGAACUGGUAUCAAUCCCGCAAGAAGCUUCGGCGCAGCUGUCAUCUACAAUCGCAGCAAGCCUUGGGAUGAUCACUGGAUCUUCUGGGUCGGUCCAUUUCUGGGAGCAGCUUUGGCGGCUAGUUACCACCAAUACAUCUUGAGAGCAGCACCUUUCAAGUCUCUUGGCUCCUUCAGAAGUGCCCCUAGCCACGUCUAAGCACGAGUUCCUCCAUCUCCGUGAGCUAGUUCUGGUGACUUGCAGUGUGAAACAAUCACCUUUGUGUUUCUCUUCGGCUUUCCUGCUCAAUAACGAUGUGUUAAUUUACGUGCCGGGAACCCGAGUGACCAAACUCACGGACGCUAAUCUUGGUUGCCGACUGGACGAGUGUAUUUGUUUACCAGAGUGUUGCGUGUAGGGGCAUAUAAUCCUGCUCUUUUCCAGAGUGCAGAGAUUAGGGUUUAAAAAUAGAUUGGUUUUCGAUUAUCAGAACAGACACUUCAGGGAUUCUGUCUUUUUCUUUUUCGUGAUGGAUGGAACAGCAAAUGUGGGUAAACAAUCCUUGCUACAGCUUAUCGAGAUGCCUCUGUUUGGUUCUGUAGAUGACUUGGACCCCAAUGCCCUCGUGUGAGGAAUUGGACGUCGACCCUUGUAUUGAUAGAUUUUCUUUGAAGCAAUAACUCUUUUUCCUAUUU